CUGCGAGGGAGCUUCGUGUAUUAUUUACAUUUCUUUCCUGUUGUCUGUCUAUUUCUCCGCUCACGUCUUUCGUUGCGGUGCUUGUUUGGCGACUCUCUUUACGCUUGAAAUUUAGGACAUCCCCGUCCUCUUAAUUCGGUCUUUCUUACGUCUCUGAAACAGGUGUCCCGCACUGCGCCUUUGUUGACUGCGGCUGGACUCUGUCAUCAAGGCUCUACAGGGUUGAGCAACACGCCACUCUAAUACAUGGGAUCUAUUUCGUCGCUCGUGAUAUACGCCUACGCCUAGAGAUGGCGGCGGCUAUUGAUUUUAAUGCGCUGAAGGCGCGGACCAUGGUGUCCAGCAAUGAUGAGGAGGCGGUCACUGUAGACACGCGCGGUCUGAUAUCCAAAGUCCUCUCACGGUAUUCAGGAAAAUGGACGGUUCUUCGAGAGAUGAUCCAAAACGCUGCUGAUGCGUCCGCCACUCGGGUGACCAUCAAGUUUGAGACAUUGCCGUCAACUACAGUACCUCUGCCCAAUCCAGCUGAUCCGAGUACCUUGUUAAAACAUACUAUAUCGCAUCAUACUUUGAAGCGCCUCUUGAUCUCGAACAAUGGUGCGCCGUUCAGUGAGAAGGACUGGGCUAGGUUGAAGAGAAUUGCGGAUGGCAACCCUGAUGAGACCAAAAUCGGUGCUUUUGGUGUAGGGUUCUACAGUGUGUUUGAUGACUGUGAAGAGCCAUUUGUGUCCUCCGGAGGACAAGCUAUGGCAUUUUACUGGAAAGGGAACGCUCUUUUCACACGCAGACUGCAGGUUGGAGAGGCGGAGGCAAACCCGGAUACAACUUUCGUGCUUGACUACCGCAACGACUCUUCUCCGGUGCCUUCGCUGAUGCAACUAGCUCAGUUCCUUGCUACCAGUCUUACUUUCGUUGGUCUGGAAAGCAUAGAUCUUUGGCUCGAUGAUUGGAACGUUUUAAAGCUUACCAAGAAGACUGCACCCAGUGUGAAUGUCGUCCUUCCUCGGGAUAUUGAAACGAAAACAGCGGAAGGCCUUAUGAAGGUGACAAGUGUCUCACGCGAAGUUGCUCAGAUCGAUGCGAAUUGGAUGCGGGCUGUCGAGUGGAAACAACAAUCGGCCGUCGCAGCGCGCCUUGAAGGCAGCAUUAGGGAUACGACAGGCUCGCUUCGUACUUUCUUUUCCAGGUUCACCAGCUCUUCACAAAAUACACCAGACAAAGCCCCCAACGCAGAGAAAACUGAGCCUGUGACAGACACUGAUGAUCUGACAAAGAUCUCCACAGCGUCUGUGUUUUUGCACAUCAACACUGCAUCUGUACAAGCAUCUGUCAGUCAGUCUCUUAGUAAUGAGCUCGAGAGAGCGACACGGAAACCGCCACCCAAAAAGACGAGUCUGGCUAUUUUGACACCUUCAUAUGAUGCGAAUAUAGCUACAGUGACAAAGUCAGAGAUUCUAUCUUCAGUUCUGCCUUCGAAAUCGGGCAGGAUUUUCAUUGGAUUUCCUACUCAUCAGACGACCGGCUUGAAUGCUCAUAUAUCAGCGCCAUCAGUCAUUCCCACAGUGGAGCGAGAGAGCAUUGAUCUGAACACUCGAUACAUAAGCAAAUGGAACCACGAGAUGCUAAGGGCGGCCGGUAUUGUCUGUCGUAUUGCGUGGUCUGCUGAGAUGGCAUCUCUAAAAUCUAGAAUUAUGCCGACCGGCGGCAGUUCAAAGGUGCGGAAGGAGGAUAUCGCCGGUGUUCUUCCUGAAGCCAUACAUACUACCAAUCAAUUUGCGUUCCGGGAGUCGACGCCGUCCUCUCUACUCGGUCAGAUUAUAGAGGAUGCAUUCUGGAUGUGCAACAAGAAUGCUUACAUCGAGGUCCUCUCUAGCCGCGGGGUCCUCCCGACCCACCAGGUUCGCAUAGCACCUAAGGAACUGACCUUUAUGGAUUCAAUACCUGUUCUUCCAGAAGAACUCGUCCUAGGCGCUGCAGAAUUCGUCAGGAAAUUAACAGACUUCGGUCUGGUAACAGACGUGACAGUAUCUGACAUUAAGCGUGAGCUUGAGGCGAGUGCGUUAACUUCGAAACAGCUCAGCGAGUUCCUUGCAUGGAUUAGUCGGAAAGCAGCAUCAGGGGAUCUUGAUCAGGCAACAGUUAAGGCUCUUCUACGUGUAGCGGUUGCGAAUGACGAAAGUUCCGCCGGUGUUCCCAGUGGUGUACUGGUCCUGGCGGAAAUCGAUAGCUACCUUAACCCCCAACGGAUACCUGCAGAUCUCCCAUUACCUGCUUCAGUGAUGCCUUUCAAGUAUACGAAAGCCUUGGGGAAACGGGAGCUGGAUGCCCUGGGGUGGUUAGAGCUGCAGACAGUGCCCUGGAUCCGGUGGUUAAUUGAGAAUGCUGGAGAUCGCAGCGUUCUCAAGCUCGAACAGGAUAUGACUCGGACUCCGUCGUUCUCUGCACAGGUUUUGCCGGUCUUGUCCAAGCAAUGGGACGGCCUUUCUCAGUCCUCGAAGCAGACCAUAGUGGGCUUGUUGCAACCCCAGACUAUUGUUCCUACCAAGGUGGGAAUGAGGCGCCCUCCGGAGGCAUAUUUCACUUCAGUGCGGCUGUUCGACGAUCUACCUACAGUCCACGGUCUAAAUAGUGUUAAAGAAAAGUUCUUGGCGGCUCUCGGUGUCCGUAAGACAGUGGAACUCGGCGUCAUUUUUGAACGACUUCUGAACGACUCCGACACAGCGGGUGAAGAUGAUGCCUCGAAGAAGAAAUGGAGCCAUGUUGAUCUGAUCAAAUAUCUUGCUUCUGUCAGGGAAGAUAUCCCGAGUGCCGAUAUCCAAAAACUUAAAAACACCAAAAUUUGUACGGCUGAAUCUGUGGGCCAGUCUGCCCAAAACAAGCGUGUGCGCUAUCAAGUAUCUGAGCUCUACGAACCCAAGGACUCCCUCCGCAAUCUUGGGCUUCCACUACUGGAGUGGCCCGGAAAAUAUCAAUCUGGAAGCGUCGAGGGUAGGUUUCUCAACAUGCUGGGGCUAAAGGCCUAUCCAUCCGCAGUUGAGAUCAUCCAGUUGAUGGUUGACGCUGCAGUGGAAGGUAAUAUGGCACUUCACAGCAAGGCAUUGUCUUAUUUCAUCUGCGAGCAUCACUUGAACGGAUAUGCUGCUUUUGACUGCACUAAGGUGAUCGCCCAUUUCCUGCCUGUGGAAGGAUCAGAGCGUAUGGUUGCACCUAGAGAUUGCUUUACAAGUGAUGGCGCAGCUCUCUUUGGCUUUAGCAUCCUCCGAAGAGGUCUCCAUCCGCACGCUUCAAAGCUUGGCGUUAAGCAGCAUCCCUCGAUCGGUGAAUGCCUGGACAUUCUUAUCAAGAAGCCUCCUACCACAAAGAGAGACGCCAGAUCGAUCUUCAGUUACAUGGCCGGUAGGGUAGGAGAAAUUAGUCGAGCAGAUGCUGAUCGCGUUGGUUCAGCACCCAUUAUUCCCGUGUCGAAUGAUGAGGUGUCUGAAAAAAUACCUCGUGUUCGACACGUUGCCCCCAAACUUUGCUACCUAGGGGACAGUGAAGACUACGGUGACAUAUUUGACUUUGUUGACUUUGGCCAAGAAGCCAACGUUUUUUUGAUGGCAGUAGGCUCAAAGCCGGAACCAACCAAAGUGGAAAUUGCUCGUAUCUUGGUAAAGGAACCAGCAAGGAUCUCAUCGAAAUUUCAGAGCCCUGACAAGUAUCUCAAACUUCUCAGGAGUCUGGCUGAGCAUGUGUCUGUUCUGAAGAAAGACAGAGAACUUUACAGUGAAAUGAAGAAGGCCCCUUUCGUCCUAGCCAGCAGAGAGUUGCCAUCGAAAGCUUCACGCCCGGAAAAGAAGGAUGAUGUGAAGAGGCAUACUGAAUCGGACGAAGAAGAUAUUUACGCGGAGGAAGAACAGAGCAUAAAAGAGUGGCAACUGACAAUGGCAAAAGAUGCUGUUGUUGUGGAUGAUUAUCAAAGUUACAGUCUGUUCAAGGAACAUGUGCUUGCUGCUCCUCAGGAGGAAGUGCUUGAGAACUUCUAUAUCUCGUUGGGCGCUCCUCCUUUGAGUAGCAUUGUCGAAGAACAGGCACAUUGGGGCAGUGUUUCUUCGGACCAAAGGCCGGCCGUGAAGUUACAGAAGCUGAUCCUUGAGCGUUCGAGACUGUUCCUCCACGACCAAUCUCCGGAUUCCAUAAAGCAUGACACAAGGUGGCUUGAAAAACACCUUAGCGUCCAAGUUGUCCACUCUAUAUCUCUCCGAAGGUCACUUCGAGGGCGGCGAGCAUCGCAUACUCAGAAGCGGAGCGCUAUUAUUACGCAACAGGCGAGAGAUUAUAUCCUAUGGAUCUGUCCAGGGAAAUACGAUCUCUACCAAAUAAGCCAGGCCCUUGUCCACCUGAUGCUAGCCCGACCAAAGCUGCACUCGACUCUUACGUUAGAGAUGCUCCUAAAGACCGAUUUGUUAGAGCUCAGAGCUCGAGGGUAUAAUGUCGAACGUAUUCUGAAACAAAAGGCGCAAGAGGCAAGGCUGGCAGAGGAUAGACGCCACAAGCAACUUGAAGAGGAACGCAAGCAGCUGCAAGAAAGGGAAUCUGAAUGGAGAAGAGCCCAAGAGCAGCAGGCAGAGGAGAUGAAGAACCACGAGGCGAUGCCAGGACUAUUCCCAGAUUCUCCGCAAAACUCGAAAACGACACAUGGAGGUCAGGAUGAACAGCUUGAUGAUUCCCGUGACUACCGCCCCCGGGGUCUGUUCUCAAACCUGACCAGACGCCUUGGUCUCGAUGACGGUAGCCGGACUAGCAAAGGAAUUCAAUCCUUCCUUCAGGGACAGUCAUCUAGUGAUACUCCGGAUGGGAGAAGCAAAGACACUCCGCCGCCUCCCUAUACUGCCGAAGAUCCUCAAAAGCCAAAGCCACAAGAACCCAAGGCUGUCACGUCUCCGCAUAUGUUGCAAUCAAACCUCCUUUCUGCCAUUCAAUCUUGUCGUCCCAACGGAGCAUCCAGUGUGUACAGUCGGCCAGAAAUGAACCAAGUCACAGAAAGCAAGUCCUACUGUGACGAGAGACCGAGCCACGAUUUAGAGUUUGCCGCAACGCUCCCAUCCAGUAUCAACUUCCUUAUGGCGAAGUCAGCCGGUGAUAGAAGCGCAUUUCUUGCCGAAAACAGUUUUGGGAUCAACACCUUUGCCUCAAUAUUGGCAGACUGUGCUGGAGUCUUUUCGCUCCGCCUCGACAGUAUCAGUAUUUUCUAUGAUCCAGGCGGAAAGACAAUUGCUUUCAACCGUGGAGGUAGUCUUUUCUGUAACUACCACUAUUUCAAGCAGCUACACCAGACACAAGUGCUUCAAAAUCUAGGGAGCAGCCGAGCGGAAGCUUUAGUUUAUUGGUGGGUGGUUCUGUGCCACGAACUGGCACAUAAUCUGGUCGCAGAUCACAGUUCUGACCACAGCUAUUACACGGAGAGCUUUGUGGCUCAAUAUUUUGCGAAGGUUGUGGCUAAACUCUCCGCAAGCCCAUCCGUAUCCGCAUGAGAUUUGCAUUUAACACCAUUCUAUAUUGCGCUUUUUCAACAUACCCUUUUUUCUACGAUAUCGAUUAUGUGUAUGCUAGUGUACAUAUACCCGGUGUAUCAAUGUCGACCUUUUGAUGCGUUGCAUGUGGGUUUAGAUUGGUUAUUCAGAUGGUGAUGGGCAGCUAGACUAAUAUAGACAACUUCCGCUUGCUGAUUGUGGGAUGAUGCUAGCAGUACAAUUUGCCUGGAGUGAUUAGUAUCUGAUGGCUUUUGCUAGUCGACCAAAAAGGAGAGCUCCUAACUAGUUUGUCGUAGCUGGAUCUCUAACAAUAUUAUCUCUUAUAUCU